AUGAAAUUGACCCAUAUUGAAGCCCUUGAACUCCUAGAUAAUAUGUGUGAAGUGAUAGAACAUGAAGAUAAUAUGUCUGAAAUUGGCAACGACUUUCUCAUUCCAGCAGUUUUCGGAGCUACCGCGCUAGGAAUGUUUGAGUUUAUUGACCGUGUAUUGCAAGCAAGACCAAAUCUCGUGUGGGCGUGUAAUUCAAUGGGAAGGAACCUCUUUCAGUUUGCCAUUGAAAGUCGUCAAGAAAAAGUUUAUAACCUUUUUUAUUAUAAACUCAGUAAAAGACGAAGAACUGCGAUUGGAAAUAUUGUAGAUGGGGAUAACAAUUGCGCGCUACAUGUGGCAGGGACGCUUUCACCAUUCGCAAGGCUCGAUAAUAUCUCAGGUGCAGCUUUGAAAAUGCAGAGAGAACUACAAUGGUUCAAGAAGGUCGAGAAUAUUGUAGUACCCUUGGUUAAAGAAUCUUUAAAUAAGGAGCAUAAGAUGCCACGUGAGAUGUUUACCAAGAAUCACAACCAAUUGGCGAAGGAAGGAGAAAGAUGGAUGAAAGAAACUGCAUCUUCAUGUACAGUUGUAGGUGCUCUCAUUAUUACCAUCAUGUUUGCUGCAGCAUUCACAAUUCCCGGUGGAAACAAUGGACAAACAGGCUUCCCAAUAUUCCUGCAUAAAAAGUUGUUUAUGGCUUUUAUAGUUUCAGAUGCUAUAUCCCUCUUUUCUUCCACAACUUCGGUGUUGAUGUUUUUGGGAAUCCUUACAUCACGUUAUGCGGAAGAUGAUUUCCUCAAAUCCUUACCAACAAAGAUGAUAAUAGGUCUUUCCACCUUAUUCAUCUCUAUUGCCACCAUGAUGGUUGCCUUUUCUUCCGCCCUUUUCAUUAUGAUCCAUGAACAAUUGUGGAUUGUUAUUCCAAUGAUUGUCGUUGCUAGUGUUCCAGUCACCUUAUUUAUUUGGAUGCAAUUUCCUCUUCUAGUUGAGAUGUACAUUUCUACUUAUGGACGAGGAAUAUUUGACAGGAAAGUGAAAUCAAGGGCAUAA